CGCGAUCCUUGGGAGCAGGUGUUGACCUCUCUCGGGUCGAAUGUGCAGGGGACGAUGCCCCUCCUAACCCAGCAGAUCGAAGCUGAUUAUGAUCAGUACAGCCUGGUGGCCAGCCUUGACAACGUCAGGAAUUUCUCCACUAUCUUGAAAGCUAUUCAUUUCCAAGAUCAUGCCACGUGUUUUGCUACCAGAAAUGGAAUCAAGGUUACAGUGGAAAAAGCAAAGUGUGUGCAAGCCAACGCUUUUAUUCAGGCUGGGAUAUUUCAAGAAUUUAUGGUUCAUGAAGAGUCUGUUACAUUUCGAAUUAAUUUAACAGUCCUUUUAGACUGUUUAUCUAUUUUUGGAUCCAGUCCUAUGCCAGGCACUUUAACUGCACUUCGGAUGUGUUACCAAGGUUAUGGUUACCCUUUGAUGCUGUUUUUGGAAGAAGGAGGAGUGGUGACUGUCUGCAAAAUCAAUACUCAGGAGCCUGAGGAGACUUUGGACUUUGAUUUCUGCAGCACCAAUGUUAUUAACAAAAUCAUUCUGCAGUCAGAGGGUCUCCGUGAAGCAUUUUCCGAAUUAGAUAUGACAAGUGAGGUCCUACAGAUCACUAUGUCUCCUGACAAGCCUUAUUUCAGGUUAUCUACUUUUGGAAAUGCAGGAAGCUCCCAUCUUGACUAUCCCAAAGAUUCUGAUUUGAUGGAAGCAUUUCAUUGUAAUCAGACCCAGAUCAAUAGAUACAAGAUUUCUUUACUGAAACCAUCUACAAAGGCAUUAGUCCUAUCUUGUAAGGUAUCUAUUCGGACAGAUAACAGAGGAUUCCUCUCAUUACAGUACAUGAUUAGAAAUGAAGAUGGACAAAUAAGUUUUGUGGAAUAUUACUGCUGCCCUGAUGAAGUCCCUGAAUCUGAAUCUUAAGUAUCACAAUUGACUGAUGUUUAUGUAUACAUUCAGGAACAGUUAUGUUCUCAUUCUGGGUACAAUAUUAUUUGUGAUUUCUUACUGGAUUUCCUAUAGGAGAGAAGCAAAGACGAGGAGCAAGACCCCUGUGUCUGAAUAGUUGCUGUGUAUUUUGUA